AUUGCCCAGUGUGCUCCCACUCCUCCUUAGCUCUACAGGACACCCUAAGACCUGCUUCUCCGCCCUGCCCUUAGCUCACGAUGGGGAACCACUUGACUGAGAUGGCACCCACUGCCUCCUUCUUGCCCCACUUCCAGGCCCUGCACGUAGUGGUCAUCGGGCUGGACUCGUCUGGAAAGACCUCUCUCCUUUACCGCCUCAAGUUCAAAGAGUUUGUCCAGAGCGUCCCUACCAAAGGGUUCAACACUGAGAAGAUCCGAGUGCCCUUGGGGGGGUCCCGUGGAAUCACCUUCCAAGUGUGGGAUGUUGGGGGUCAGGAGAAACUACGACCACUGUGGCGCUCCUACACCCGCAGGACAGAUGGGUUGGUGUUUGUGGUUGAUGCUGCAGAGACUGAGCGUCUGGAAGAGGCUAAGGUGGAACUGCAUCGGAUCAGCAGGGCCUCGGACAAUCAGGGGGUGCCAGUGCUGGUGCUAGCUAACAAGCAGGACCAGCCUGGGGCACUGAGUGCUGCUGAGGUGGAAAAGAGGCUGGCAGUCCGUGAGCUGGCAGCAGCCACACUGACUCACGUGCAGGGGUGCAGUGCUGUGGAUGGGCUGGGCCUGCAGCCUGGCCUUGAGCGUCUGUAUGAGAUGAUUCUCAAGAGGAAGAAGGCAACCCGGACAAGCAAGAAGAGACGGUGACCUGAGACACCACACCUCCCAACCUACUGCGGUGUGUGUGUGGGGGGGUCUGUGUACUUGCAUAGUCAGACAGUGCCUAGGACAUCUGUCAGCCUGGAGUUCAGGACCUGCCCAUCUCAGCAAAGGACUGGGGAGCAUGGGGGUCCUGUGUUGGUGCCACGUUGGGGGAGGGGAUGGCAGGUGGGGUGUCUAUAUCUCUCCUUCCUCCUCACUUCUGGAGAAGUAGGGGUUAUAAGACUGUGGAGGUUUAAAUCUAAAUGCUGACUCUACCUCGACCCUGCUUCUCUUUUCCUUUCUCUAGCUUUUUCUUUGGGUGUUUGGAGCAGGAUAGAUGCUUGCUCAGAGAGUGCAUUUAGGGUGAAUGAGUGCUUUCUCUUUCUCCAGUUGGGGAGGGUCUGUCUCCCCAGCUGAUUUUCCUAGGGACACCAGUCACAAUAGUCUUUAUUUUUGUGUCUGUGUGAAUGUGCCAAGAAUCCUUCCCCACAUUUGCAGAUCCACUACCCUUUUUAUAAGCUAUGUGUGUCCUCUGUUAUAUUAUGAACCAUUUUUUUUUAGCAUUUUGCCUGUAAGUUAUUAAAGAUUGAUGAUUCUA